AUGGCGUCUCUCGUGGACACGGAACAGGUCAUACACCAGGCUCUGGAGCGAUUCCGGACCCGGAUGGCCGUGGCAAACCGCAAGUUCAUGCAGGACCCCAUCGAUGAGAUCGAAGCCCGGGGCCUGGCGACCGAACGCGCCAAAUUCCGCAAGAUGAUGGACUACCGCCAUUUCGACGACAUGAUCAAUGAGAAUGCGGCGCUGUCCGAGCAUGGCGACGCCCGCGAGCUGUUCCUAGAUACCCUCCAGCACGUCUUCCAGCGGCAGGCCGAGGCAUGGGUGGCUGAGGACGGGCGGGAGGCGCCCGGGCGCACCAGAAUCUGGAGAAAGACCUGGCGGGGGACGGGGUGA